GAAUAAUCAUGUUUUCCAAAAUUAAUCGCCUUCUGUGCAGAAGCCCAUCUCAAUACUUCUACAAACCAAACACAACGCCUCAUCUCGCCACUCUCCUCUCCUUCCCAUCCAAACCCUCCUGCCUAUCCCCAAUCCAUCAUCAAACUGCCUGUUCGGAAAUCAUUUCUCUAGCAGCAGCUAUAUCCCCUUUUGAACCCGUUCGUCUUCACGCUCGUCCUGAAGAUGUAUCAUCCGCAACGUCAAUGAUAGCAGCCAAAGUCGCCGACCCAACUCGCGUAUCCAUCAUUCCAUCUCUAACAAAUCACCUCUGGAUUCGAGACACUGGUCCUGUAUACGUUUCCGAUGGCGUAUCCAACACUCGAUACGCGAUUAACUUCCACUUUAACGAAUGGGGAAAUACGCAACACGAAACUUUUCCGAACUGGUCAGAUGCUCAAAAAGAAGAGAACCACCUUUUCGCGAAAAACGUCAUUGAAUCCGACCUCCAUCCAGCGCCUGUUACGCCCAUCGACUCGAAGAUCUGUCUUGAGGGUGGUUCGUUGAUAGUUGAUGGGCAGGGUACGCUCCUGGCCACGGAGAGUAGCAUCAUCAACGAGAACCGUAACCCGGGCCUGUCCAAGGGUGAAAUUGAAGAUGAAUUACGUCAUCUGCUGGGUGUGCGGAAGAUUAUCUGGUUUCCUGGAAGAAAGGGGUUAGAUGUCACGGACGUUCAUGUUGAUGCGGAGGUGCAGUUUGCCAGUCCUGGGGUGGUGGUUGUUUCGCGGCCUCAUUUUGAGGCGGAACAGGGGUGGAAGGAUGUGUUUGCGGAGAUAUACGAGAUUCUGUCGAAUGAGACAGACAGUGAGGGUCGUCCAUUUGAGAUCCAUCUCAUUGAUGAACCGCAUCCGAGUUGUUUGGGGGAUGCGGAAGAAAAGGCUACGAACUAUGUCAACUUCUACUGUGUCAACGGGGGAUUGAUCCUGCCUAUGUUUGGGGAUGAAGAGGCGGAUCAAAAGGCAUUGCAUACUAUACAGUCUUUGUGUCCUGAUCGAGUGGUGAAACAGGUUCUGGUCAAGGCGUUGCCGGCUUCUGGUGGUGUUGUUCAUUGUGCGACUCAGCCUGUAUUCUAAUUUGCGUAUCUGUAUACAUCUGCAUAACUCAUUGAAGCCAUCCCCCGUCACCCAACUGCUCGAUUGCACCCUUCGUAGAGAGAUACAGCUGGUACUGUGGGAUAAUGGUCGAUAUGUGCCUCAGCGUUGAGGAAAGGAAAAUGGUCUUCCCCUAGUGUGAUGUGAGG